AUUUCAAAAUGGCGCCGACCAGGUCGCGUGAAAACGUCGGAGGAGCGCUCGUGCUUGUAAAAUAGAACAAAGCUGAGUAGAGUAAACUGUGUGUGUGUGUGUGUGUGUGGCAGUGAUGAGGUGUGUGAGAACAGUGCUGAGGCAGGUGUGUGUAACGACACACACAGGAAGUUAUAAGUGUGUGUGUGGAAGUUCACCUCUGCGCCGCGACGCCCAUGGUGGAGUUGAUGGAGGUGAAAGACACAGGGAGAAGGAGGCUUUCACUGGAGAACAUGUGGAUGAAGAACCCAGCUGGAUGUGCGGCUCUUCUGCGGUGGUUCUCUCCGCAGUUUGCGGUCAUGUUCGGGUUCUGCAGAACUUCAUCAGUGAGGAGGAGGAAGAGGCAUUUCUAAAAGAACUUGAGCCUGGACUCAGGAGGAAGAGAUAUGAAUUCGAUCACUGGGAUGAUGCGAUUCAGGGGUUCAGAGAGACCGAGCGGCUGCAGUGGGGUGGAGUGUGUACCUCGGUGCUGGAGAGACUCCGAGCUCUCGCCUUCCCCAGAGGAAGUCCAUUACUGGGUCCGGUUCACGUUCUGGACCUGGAUAAGACCGGUUUCAUCGCACCUCAUGUAGAUAGUGUGAAGUUCUGUGGCAGCACCAUCGCUGGUCUGAGUCUGCUGUCUGACAGCGUCAUGCGUCUGGUCCAUGAGGAGAACACAGCAGAUCAAGUUCAUCUGCUUCUACAGCGUCGGUCUCUACAUACUGAGAGAUGAAGCUCGGUUUAAAUUCACUCAUGAAAUCCUGAAGGAUGAGGAUUCGUUUUUCUCCGGACGGAGAAUUCCUCGGCAGCGGCGCAUCUCGGUUAUUUGUCGGAAUCUCCCACAUGGUGCUGAAUCUGGUGU